AUGGCGGACUACGAUGAAGGCUACGAGUACGAGGAGGAGUAUAGCGAUGAUAACACCAUUACUCCAGAAGACUGCUGGACUGUUAUUGGCUCUUACUUCAAGAGGAAGGGUUUAGUUUCCCAACAGAUUGACUCUUUCAACGACUUCCAAGAAACUACCAUUCAAGAAUUGAUCGAAGAGUACUCGCAGAUCAGCGUCGAUGAGCCCAGUCCCAAUUCCAAUGAUGCCCGAACCGUCGCACUCCGUCGAUAUGACCUCAAACUUGGGCAUGUGACCAUUGCCCGUCCCGUCGCCAUGGAGAGCGACAACACCUCGGGUCCUCUCCUCCCUUAUGAAUGUCGCGAUCGAAAUAUGACGUAUGCAGCACCGAUCUAUGUGAAAGUAGAUAGUAAAGUUACCGUCUGUAUCGAACAAGACAUUCCCCUCCACGAGAUGGACGAGGAGCAGCAGGCCGAGGCGCACAGUACUGGGAAGCACCCGACUCGCUUGAUUUGGGAGGAAGACACCAACGUAUUAGACUCCGAGGGCGGCCAAAGCAAGACUAGUGAUCAAGUUUUUAUCGGCAAGCUCCCGAUCAUGGUGAAGUCCAAGGCAUGCCAUCUGAGCGGCGAGACUGAAGAUGAUCUAUUCAUGUUGAACGAGUGCCCAUACGACCAAGGUGGUUAUUUUAUUAUCAACGGAAGCGAGAAGGUCCUCAUCGCACAGGAACGGUCCGCUGCGAAUAUUGUUCAGGUCUUCAAGAAGGCUCAGCCGAGUCCGUUUUCUUACACGGCCGAGAUCCGAAGUGCGCUCGAGAAAGGCUCGCGGCUUAUUUCGUCUCUUAUGCUAAAGCUGUAUACUAAGGGUGACGCCUCCAGAGGAGGAUAUGGCGAGACUAUCCACACUACUCUCCCAUUCGUGAGGGCCGACCUACCGAUCGCCAUUGUCUUUAGAGCUCUAGGUGUCGUCAGUGACGAGGAGAUUUUAAACCACAUUUGCUACGACCGUAAUGACAGCCAGAUGCUUGAGAAGCUACGCCCUUGCAUCGAAGAAGCAUUUUGCAUUCAAGACCGCGAAGUGGCGUUAGACUACAUUGGAAAGCGUGGAAGGCAGUCCCACAACGUAGCGCGUGAUCGUCGUGUUAGAGCUGCUAAGGACAUUCUGCAGAAAGAGAUGCUCCCGCAUAUCUCCCAAACCGAAGGUUGCGAAACGAGAAAGGCCUUUUUCCUAGGCUAUAUGGUUCACAAGCUCCUCCAAUGUGCUCUCGGUCGACGUGACACCGACGAUCGCGAUCACUUUGGUAAGAAACGCCUUGACCUUGCAGGCCCUCUCCUUGCGAAGCUAUUCCGGAAUAUUGUUCGACGGUUAGUCCAGGAGAUCACAAAUCACCUCAGACGUUGUAUCGAUUCAGGCAGGCGUUUCCAGAUUGAGCUCGCCGCCAAGCCUGCUAUUGUAACCAACGGGCUGAAGUACUCUCUCGCCACAGGCAACUGGGGUGACCAGAAGAAGGCGAUGAGCUCCACAGCUGGUGUAUCGCAAGUUCUGAACCGAUACACGUUCGCCUCGACUCUUUCUCAUUUAAGGCGCACGAACACGCCUAUCGGAAGAGACGGGAAACUCGCGAAGCCUCGACAACUUCACAAUACCCAUUGGGGCCUGGUCUGUCCGGCUGAAACGCCCGAAGGCCAAGCUUGUGGUUUGGUGAAGAAUUUGUCGCUUAUGUGCUCUAUCAGCGUGGGUACGUCAACAGAUCCUAUCGUAGACUAUAUGAUUACUAGGAAUAUGGAAGUCUUGGAGGAAUAUGAACCGAUGAGAUACCCCAAUGCCACCAAGAUCUUUCUUAACGGAUCUUGGAUCGGUGUGCACCAGGAUCCCAAGUCUCUAGUUAGAGACGUUCAGCAACUUCGUCGGGCCAACCAGAUCCCCUCUGAAGUAUCGCUGGUUCGCGACAUCCGUGAUCGCGAGUUCAAAAUCUUCUCGGAUGCUGGUCGUGUCAUGCGGCCCUUAUUUGUUGUGCAGCAAGAGGAUAAUCCCGAGGCUGGUACUACGAAGGGCUCGCUAGCUAUCAAUAAGGAGAUGAUCGGGAGGCUGGAGGCGGAUGUCGAUGUAGACCCUGAAAGCGAGGGGUACUUUGGCUGGCAGGGUCUGGUCAACGAGGGUGUUAUCGAGUACCUCGAUGCCGAAGAAGAAGAAACGGCUAUGAUUUGCAUGACCCCUGAAGAUUUGGAAACCUACCGGAUGAGCAAGCUCGGAUACGAUGUGUCCCAGGAUAAUGGAGAUGAGAUUAAUAAGCGGCUCAAAACUAAGGUGAAUCCUACAACGCACAUGUAUACGCAUUGUGAGAUUCAUCCUAGCAUGCUCCUGGGUAUCUGCGCGAGCAUUAUUCCCUUCCCGGACCACAAUCAGUCUCCCAGAAACACUUACCAGUCGGCUAUGGGUAAGCAAGCCAUGGGAUUUUAUCUUACCAACUACAACCGCCGUAUGGAUACUAUGGCGAAUAUUCUCUACUACCCCCAGAAGCCGUUAGGUACGACUCGUUCUAUGGAAUUUUUAAAGUUCCGAGAACUUCCAGCCGGUCAGAAUGCCAUUGUGGCUAUUGCCUGUUACUCGGGAUACAACCAGGAAGAUUCUGUAAUCAUGAACCAGAGCAGUAUAGAUCGAGGCCUCUUCCGAAGUCUCUUCUUCCGAUCGUACAGCGACUGCGAAAAACGGGUGGGUAUCAACACAGUGGAGACGUUUGAAAAACCAUUCCGGGCGGACACGCUACGUCUCAAGCAAGGCACAUAUGACAAACUCGACGAUGAUGGUAUCGUCGCUCCUGGUGUCCGUGUCUUGGGAGAGGACAUCAUCAUCGGAAAGACGUCACCAAUCAAUCCGGAUAACGAGGAGAUGGGCCAGCGCACCAAGGUACAUGUCAAGCGUGAUGCAUCUACGCCUCUUCGUAGUACCGAGACCGGUAUUAUUGAUUCCGUCAUCCUCACUACGAACCCCGACGGUUUACGCUAUGUUAAAGUGCGAGUUCGAACCACUAAGAUUCCUCAAAUCGGAGAUAAGUUCGCUUCUCGUCACGGACAGAAAGGAACUAUCGGUGUCACGUUCCGCCAGGAAGACAUGCCCUUUACCCGCGAAGGCAUCGUCCCCGAUAUCAUCAUUAACCCCCACGCCAUCCCCUCGCGAAUGACCAUUGCUCACUUAAUCGAGUGUCUGCUUAGUAAAGUCUCCACCCUUAAGGGAAUGGAGGGAGACGCUACGCCGUUUACCGAUGUCACUGUUGAUUCAGUGUCGAGCCUUUUACGCGAUCACGGGUACCAAUCUCGCGGCUUCGAGAUUAUGUAUCAUGGUCACACAGGACGCAAGCUCCGAGCCCAAGUCUUCUUCGGUCCCACGUACUACCAGCGUCUCAGACAUAUGGUAGACGACAAGAUCCACGCGCGUGCGCGUGGUCCCGUGCAGAUAAUGACCCGACAACCCGUCGAAGGUCGUGCUAGGGAUGGAGGUCUCCGUUUCGGAGAAAUGGAACGUGACUGUAUGAUAGCUCACGGUGCCGCCUCUUUCCUCAAGGAGCGUCUGUUCGAGGUUUCAGACGCCUUCAGAGUCCACGUCUGUGAGAUUUGUGGUCUGAUGACUCCUAUUGCUAUAUUAAGCAAGGGUUCAUUUGAGUGCCGCCCAUGCAAGAACAAGACCAAGAUUGCACAGGUUCACAUCCCGUACGCGGCCAAGCUCCUCUUCCAAGAGCUUCAGGCUAUGAAUAUCGGGACCCGCCUGUUCACCGACCGUUCUGGCGCUAGCAUCCGUUAA